UACGACGACCUGCUCAGCUCCUACAACAAGCUCGUGCGGCCCGUCGUCAACACGUCCGACGUGCUGCGCGUCUGCAUCAAGCUCAAGCUGUCGCAGCUCAUCGACGUGAAUCUGAAGAACCAGAUAAUGACGACGAACUUGUGGGUCGAGCAGUCGUGGUACGACUACAAGCUGCGGUGGGAGCCCAAGGAGUACGGCGGCGUCCACAUGCUGCACGUGCCCUCCGACCACAUCUGGCGGCCAGACAUCGUCCUCUACAACAACGCCGACGGCAACUUCGAGGUGACGCUGGCGACCAAGGCGACCAUCUACCACCAGGGCCUCGUCGAGUGGAAGCCGCCCGCCAUCUACAAGUCCUCCUGCGAGAUCGACGUCGAGUAUUUCCCGUUUGACGAGCAGACGUGCGUGCUCAAAUUCGGUAGUUGGACCUAUGACGGGUUUAAGGUGGACCUGCGGCACAUGGACGAGCAGGCGGGCUCCAACGUCGUGGAAGUGGGCGUCGACCUGUCCGAGUUCUACAUGUCCGUCGAGUGGGACAUCCUGGAGGUGCCUGCAGUCAGGAACGAGAAGUUCUACACGUGCUGCGACGAGCCGUACCUCGACAUCACGUUCAACAUCACGAUGCGCCGCAAGACGCUCUUCUACACGGUGAACAUCAUCAUCCCCUGCAUGGGCAUCUCGUUCCUCACCGUGCUCACAUUCUACCUGCCCUCCGACAGCGGGGAGAAGGUGACGCUGUCCAUCUCGAUCCUGAUUAGCCUGCACGUGUUCUUCCUGCUGGUGGUCGAGAUCAUCCCGCCCACGUCGCUGGUGGUGCCGCUACUCGGCAAGUACCUCAUCUUCGCCAUGAUCCUCGUCUCCAUCAGCAUCUGCGUGACGGUGGUCGUGCUCAACGUGCACUUCCGGUCGCCGCAGACGCACAAGAUGGCGCCCUGGGUGAAGCGCGUCUUCAUCCACAUCCUGCCCCGCCUGCUGGUGAUGCGCCGGCCGCAGUACCAGUUCGAGGCCACCAGAUUCGCGUGCGGCCGCGUCCUGGUGCGGCCGAUAGGGGCGCUGCGGAAGGAGGGGGUGGGCCAGGCGCACGCCUGCUUCUACCCCUACCAGGAGCGCGCCCUGCGGCGACGACCCCGGCGGGGGCGGCGGGGGCGGCGCCGGGGGCGGCGUGGGCGUGGGCGGGCUGGCGCGGCUGCGCGCCUCCUCCAGCGACAGCCUGCGCACGCCCACCUCCAAGGACGACCUCUCCCCCGGCAGCCUGCUGGAUGGCGGGCUGCUGGGCGGCAGCUGCCAGGUGCACGGCCCCCUGGGAGCGGCACUGGAGGCAGAGAGACUGUCCGACGCAGAGGAGGCGUGCAAGAGCCCGCCCCCGCUGCCGCCACUGCCUCCACUGGGCCUGGGCUGGCGGCGCCCCCACACCCCCAAGGGGCGCUGAGGAGUCCCCCAGCCUUCCCCCACUCUCGCUGUCCCCCGGAGGUGCACCGCUCCUGCUUCUGUGUGCGCUUCAUCGCUGAGCACACGCGCAUGCUCGAGGACUCCACCAAGGUGAAGGAGGACUGGAAGUACGUGGCGAUGGUGCUCGACCGGCUGUUCCUGUGGAUCUUCACACUGGCCGUGCUGGUGGGCACAGCGGGCAUCAUCCUACAGGCUCCCACGCUCUACGACGACAGAGUGCCCAUCGACAAGAAGUUCAGCGAGUUCGCCACGACCACCGUGGUACGCUGCCCUCCUCAGUAGGUGGCCACCUCCCUCCUACCUCUCCCUGCGAUACUCCCGUCCACGAAGGCCACGGAACACUGUGCCAGCUGGGCUCGUGCAUUGUACCCGAUCCCUGCUCCCGACAUGCAGGUGCAACGCACAGAGCUCCAACGGUUCACUUGAUUCUGCAGACGAGUUUUUAGUAGCAUCACUAACGCCCUCAUGUCCUUCAUCGGCAUUGUUAUCGGCUAUUAGGUUCAUUCGAAGACUACGGCUUCGUUAGGUGUCUGAAAGCAGCCUCCACAUUCCUAUAAGUUUAACAAUUUAUUAGAACCUCCAACUGAAGACAAGUUUCUGGGAUGUAGGUCACUAUGCUUUAAAUGUCAUACCUUCCUCCAAAUUCACAACUGGCAGGCUCAUCAGAAAGCCAUGGAUACUAUCAGUACUCAGACAUUUCAAGAAAAUGACGCAGUUUUUCUGGCACUGUACCACAAUAGUCAACCAGUCCAAUAUUCUUCCAAUAUUUCCACUCAUUCACCACUUCUUUACAAAUUCAUACCUUGCUUUCAUUCCGUUAUGAACAACACAGUCGGCACCACUUCACUAUUUCAUGCUAUAUAUUUCUGUAACAAAAAUUUUGUAGAUUGCAAGAAACUGAUAAAAAUACUCUGCUAAAUAUAUUAUCUUUUAUUUUUCUGGAAAUUCCAUCUUCAGUUAAUUUUCCUCUCACUUACACAAUAUUUUACAUAUAUUGUCAUAUAUUUUAUAUUCAGUAUCCAAAUAUAUGAUCUUUACUUGACAAUUUUUUCUGACUUACUCCACAUAUCUGUCAAGCUUCUUCGUGUACAAUAUCAGUCAGAACACUCAAACCCGAAAAGGGCAUGUACCCAUACCCUUCAUCAAUUCCCGUUAUGUUGCACUUUUUAAUCAGACAUAAAAUCCCAAAAACCAUACUGUUCUGCAGCUUCUUUAACUUACAUAAGCUACUUGACAUAAAGACACAUUUAAUAAGAAAAUAAUGCUUGUAACUCAGGGUAAAAUCAAAGUUACAAAAAAAUAUACAAGGUUAUUUCAGUGACAAGUCUCAAACUAUUAGAUAAUUUAUUGGCUAUCUGGGUUGAUAAGUAGGCAAAUUAUUGUGUGUCUUAGUUUUAUGUAGUGAGCAUUGUUGAAAGUGAUGUGCUGUUUUAGUGAAUCUGUGAUCUAUCUAAUAAUCAUCCUUAGCCAUGGUAUUUAGAUUUGUAGUAAUAGAGCUGUUUAGUAACAGUGACAGUGGAGGAAUGUAUGCACGAUUAAGUUACAAAUAUUAAAACCAAAACUUUCCUUUUUACAUAGUAUAAUUCAAACUAAUUAGACAUCUAUGCAGACUACAUUCAGAAAUAAUCUCAAGUAUUUGCAAUCAAUCAUCGGUGAAUUUUACAUAGAAAAGAGGUACAGGAAUUCUCAUUACCAUAAGAUUUCUUACUUUGUUGCCAACUUCAACCAAAUCAUAUUCAGUUUAUAGCAAUUACAAUGAGCUUGUUAAAUUUACCCACGUCUCCAUUUGGUUAACAUUACAAGACAUAUUUAAAAUGUGCCUUUAUUUCCAAAUAUUUCAUAGCUGCAAGCUUUCACACCACUCUUCAUGUAUGUAACAGAGCUAUGUGCAUAAGAAAUGAACACGAGUUUGAAAGAAUAAUUAAUGCCUUCUAUAAUUUCUUGCUUGCUUGUUCACAUUGGUUUUGGGGUAUGUUACAUGUGAUCAGUUGA